AUGGAAAAUGAGGACCAAGUGUAUGAGGAGUACCAAUGUCCAGGUUUCAGAAAGUUUCGUCUAAGUGAAUUGUGGAAUGUGACAAAUGGGUUUAGUCCCAGUUUCAUUGUCUCUGAAGAUGGAGAGAGAGCUGCCAAUGUGGUUUACAGAGGAAAGCUGGAAGACAAUCGUAUGGUCGCCAUCAAGAAAUUCUCUACACAGUCCUGGCCUGAUGCUAAGCACUUUGUGGGGGAGGCGACACGUGUUGGAAAGCUUAGAUUCAGCAGAUUGGCGAACCUAAUUGGUUAUUGCGCUGAAGGAGACGAGAGAGUCUUGAUCAAUGCUCUCUUUGUGUGUGUGUGUGUGUGUGUAGGGGAAGAGCAUCCAUUUCCUUGGGAAAUGCGUGUGCGAGUAGCAGAUUUUGUUGCACAGGCACUUGAUUACUGCAACAUGAAGAACCGAAAGAUUUAUCAUGAUUUGAAUGCAUACAGGAUCCUCUUUGAUGAGGAAGGUGAUCCUCGUCUAUCAUCUUUUGGUCUCAUGAAGAACAGUACAAAUGGAACAAAAUUUAGCUCCGACUUGGCUUAUACUCCACCUGAGUUCUUGCAAGGUAGAGUCAUUCCUGAAAGUGUGGUUUACAGUUAUGGAACUCUUCUCAUAGAACUCUUGAGCGGCAAACACAUCCCACCAAGCCAUGCUCUUGAUAUCAUAAGGGAGCAAAAGGUGUUGGUACUCAUGGAUUCAUACUUUGAAGGGGAAUAUGAAACCGAAGACGUGGAUAAACUUGCUGAUCUUGUUUCAAAAUGUCUUCAACCUGAGCCAAAAGAUCGACCUGAUACCAAAUUUCUCCUCUCUUCAGCGGCACCACUACAUAAGCAGAAAGAGGUUGCAUCUCAUGUCUUGAUGGCCAUACCAACUGUUCUUUCUCCUCUCGGAAAGGCUUGUUCGCGAAAAGACCUCCCUGCUGUACAUGAGAUUUUGGUCAAAACUGGUUACAGAGAUGAGGAAGGAGCAGGAGGGAUUGAGCUUGCAUUUCAAGAAUGGACACAGCAAGUGCAAGAUAUGCUCAAGACAAAGAGGUCCGGAGACAAUGCUUUCAGAAACAAGAACUUCAAGAAAGCGAUUGAAUGUUAUUCAGAGUUGGAGGAGAUGAUGAUGCCUCUUUCAUCUGCGACUGUAUAUGCAAGACGAGCUUUCUCCUACUUGCUGAUUGGUCGACCGAAUGAUGCCCUGGGAGAUGCAAUGCAUGCUCAGAUUUGCAUGCCGGAGUUGCCUAUUGCGUUUUACUUGCAAGCUUUGGCGCUUUGGAAGCUUGGAAUGGAGACUGAUGCUAAUGACAUGAUUGAUGAAGAGCGGCUUGAGUUCGUAGGCGAUAGCGCCAUUGGUCUGGCUCUCACGAAUUACUUGUACCUUGCGUAUCCUAAGAUCGAGCCUCGCGAGCUGUCUCUGUUGAGAGCUGCUAAUGUUAGUACAGAGAAACUCGCUCGUGUCGCACUCAACCACGGGCUCUAUCGGUUUCUUCGACGCAAUGCUCCUUCCUUAGAUGAAAAGGUUAAAGAGUUCUCAAAGGCAGUGGAUAAAGAAGAUGAUUCAAUUGCUUAUGGUGGAUUAGUCAAAGCUCCGAAAGUUCUUGCUGACCUUGUAGAGUCUUUUGGAGCAUUCUGGAGCAUAUGGGACAUAGGAGCAUGGAGGGACUUGGCACAUGGAAGCAGCUCAACUGGAUACGCAAAGGAAGAAGGGAGAAGCCAUCUUGAAGACCAGCUCGACCGUCCACUCGACCAACCGGUCGAGUUCCUCAACUCGACCGGCCAAGCUUCAACUCGAUCGAGCUGGAAGUCAAAGUCAAACCCGAAAAAUGUUGCUUCCCCCUUGACUUUCCUUUGA